AUGAGCGCCGAGUCAGCCGCCAGAGCAAUCACUGCCGACAUCUCGGACAGAUGUCCAGAAGAAGAUGUGAGGCUGGUUGUGAGGCGGCGGAAUGAGCUUUGGGAACUUCUGGCAUCUACUCUCCUGCGCUUCGAAGACGAUUGCGACAUGAUAGUCGAUCUACUCGCCGCGAUUCGAUCGCUGCCAUCAAUGGAUAGUACGCCCUGGUGGGUGGCGUAUCCACAGCCUAGCGACUCCCUGUGUGAACUGCCUGGAUUUCACAUCGUCUGGCAAUCCUGCUAUCAAGCGCUUCGAUGUGAAUGCGGCGGGUGUGAUGAUCAACAUUUCUUGACGGACAAGAAAUACUACCGCAGAGCAGGGACGGCAGAAGCAAAGAUGUAUGUCCGCGGUAUUCCAGGAAUAACGGAGUUUUGGGCGUACAAAACGAUCAACCUUAUUUGCGUAUUGGACAAACACCGCGAAUUGGACGAACACCUCGAGUUCUUCAUCCAUGAGAUUCACGGUUGGUUGCAGACUGCAGGACCGAAACUAGCGGAAACAUUAGAUUCGAAUCAGGUCAAGUCUUUCGUGAGAGCAGUGCGAGGUCGGCGUGACAAGAGUUACGAGAUUUCGGUCACCAUGUUUCAGCAUUGGCAGCAUUGGAAGAAGUCGUUUUUGGAGGUCAGUUUUGAUGAGGACUUUCUAUCAUCUGAGGGAAGGGAGUUGGCAAGAGAGUGUCACGAUAUCAUGAAGGGGCAGAACAUCAAAUUGCCAUCAUUCUUCUAG